AUGGAGCGACUUGCAACCGAAAUUCACAUCCAAAUCGUCCGCAGCCUGCAACAAGAGCCACUAGGCUGUAUUGAUGUUCUCAACCUCUCGCUCACGAGUCACUACUUCAGAAAGCUGACAACUCCAUUCCUGACGGCAGCGCGCGACUCGCUCAUCGGCUACCUUAAGAAACGACUUUACCUGCCUCCGUGGAUUAGCGAUCCGUGGCGACGCGGUGUACAACAGGAACUAGAUCAAUUAAACCGCUUCGUGUCACGAGUCAAGACGUGGCCACCCCACUUUCAAUACUGGGCUCUGCACUUCACAGCACUUAAGGAGGAAUAUUCUAUUGGACGUCUGCCUCUGGGGCAGAGUCCAGUCUCAGAGGAUAAGAAAAGGUUUCGGGAGCAAGCACGUAGCGUGAUCAAUUCGACUGGACGUCCCGAUACAGCGACAUGGGUGAGUGGGCUCACAAGGAAACAGUUGGAAGCAAAGUCAUGGCUAUACGAUGAGAGAAUUUUUCGCGGAAUCGAAUACAAGGUUCUCUAUGAGAAUGUCACUUCAAGGAAGAUUACACUGGCAAUGCAGCGUCGGAAACCGUGGCUACAUAUGACCCCAUCGAAGCGAAAAAUCAAGACAGGCAGCGGCGGCCAAUCUGGGGGACAGCGUGGAGGAAAUGGACGGCGCUAG